GUCUGACGGGGUGGGAUGAUGACUGGGAGGCGCCUGCCCUCUCAUGAACCCCCCUUUCCCUCCACACCUCUUCGUUUACACCUUCAGGCCGGUCAGGUCCAGGCAGAGGUGGUGCAGCAGCGUUGUAGACUCCACUCUGUCCUCGCUGGAACAAAAACAACAAUGUUUGUCUCUGUGCUCUGCUUUGUUUUGUUGUUUGGAGUUUCUCAUGCCUCUGACACCGUGUCUGCUGCCCAGCUCGGGCCGCCGUCGCUCGGGUUCAGCUCCUCGGCUGUGCUCGCUGUUGUUGGCUCCGGUGUGUCUGCCGGAGCUCAGCGGGCCGGUCAGCCCCUGCAGGAUCCGGUGCGAGGCCGGGCCCGUGAUGAGCACGCUGGGGUUCCUCCAACUGGAGAUGUCCAUCCCGGGAACCGGAGAGCACGAGGUGCGGACGGCGGAGGAGACACUCUCUUCCAUCCCCCUGGGAGUGUUGUCUGUGAUGUCUGUAGUCUGGCUUCUGAAGGAGAGACUGACAUCCAGGAAAAUUUCUGCCACAGCUCAUACGCAUUUAAGAUGCGUCUGGGCAGUGUGUCGACAGUGGGAGGGGACCGUCAGCUGGUGCCUACGGCCCGCAGCCGUAUUCUGAGGUGGGCAGGGGGAGGCGCGGAGAGGGCAGAAGGCAUUGGAGGGGCAAUGGCCCACAGCGCUUUGUGGCUGCAAGAAGGAGGCACCUGUACUUGUGCUGGCUUAGACUCAGCAGAGACAAAUGCAGAGAGGGGAAUAGAGGACGUACAGGUGGAAAAGGGACAAGCAAAAGAAGGAGGGAAGGAAGGAAACAGGGCCCAAGGUGAAUGGUACCUGGCCCUGGCUCAGGCCAAAGAGGGAAGACUGGUGCUGACUCGACUGGUGAGGUGGACCAGAAGGGACAAAGAGCUGAAGAAGUUCAUCAGAGCUCUCCUUAAACAGUCCUGUCCAGAGCUGUAGACAGAGAGCUAUCAACCACUGUUGUUUCUGUUCACAUGCAACACUUUACAGUCAUGUACACAAAAUCCAGAGCAGAGUAUAAAACAGAUGUCCAGCUAACAAAUAGUUCCCAAAUAACACUUCAUAAAUCACGAGAGUACAGAUUGUUAGAUACUAUGUAAAGGAACAAGUGUUUAAAGAUUAGUAGAUAUGUGUAAAUCUGCAUACUGCAUACUGGUCACUUCCUUGAUGAAUUGUUCCUGAAGAGCAAUAAUCAAUACCCAGUCAAGUCUCCCUUUCUAAGUGACCCGUCAAGUAAAGCAGUGCAUCAUCGAGUUGUUCUUGGUCUUUACAUCAGGAUUACUUUACUCAUCAUGUUUGUGUCCCCUCAUGUAAGUAUUAUUUGACCAAACUGACAACAGUGAAUUCAUUAUUAGUUCAUUCAUUAAGUUAAGUUUGUGUAUCUAAUUGUAAAUCUCACACAGGCAGUGAUGGUGAGGCAUUGUUACAAAAAAGUUAGUACUACACAUGGCAUGCAAAUGUUGAUAUAAUUCCAACUGGGGCAAUAUUUGUGUAUUUUCUUGUUUUUUUUGUGUACAUUUGUAUAUAAAGGAUCAAAGUGUA